UUCGCGCACAUUCUCUGUAGUGGUCUCUCUCUGUAGCUACCUCAGACGCCAGAGGCCCAAAUCCAUAUUCUUCAUAUUCGAUUCUUCUGCGAAGCCCUGAUUUCUCCUUCAAUCAAAUUAAGCAUCAUAAAUCUCAAACAUUUCAGUUCAAUUCAUCUGAUUUCUAACGAGUUUUAGUUUCUCCAGAGUUAAUUUGCUAGUGCUGGUGUGCUGUCGUUCUUCUGAGCUUUCAAUCUCGACCGUUCGAUUCUAUGGCGGUGCGGCCCCCGCCGCCGGAGCCGCCGUACUUAUCUACUACGUGUUUAAUCGGAGGUUGGCGUCGCAAGUUGACACCGACGACGACGACAGCGAUCGGAGUGGAAAUCUCUCGAAGAUGAGAUCGGCGAGAAAGAGGCUCUCUCGGCGACCGGCGCAAGCGCCUGCCACGUGGCUCGAGUCGCUGAACACAUUGUCCGAUACGCUCCGGUUCACUUACUCUGAAACACUCGGCAAGUGGCCGAUCGGCGAUUUGGCCUUCGGCAUUAACUACCUCAUGCGUAGGCAGGGUAAUUUACAAGUUGCGAGUGUAUAUGCUGGUAGUGAUAGUGUGCAGCUCAAAGGGUCUGGAAUUAUUGAGGAGUUGCAUUAUUACUUGAAGUUGUUGACGCUUUGUAUGCUUUUUUCAAAGAAACCGUUUCCGGUGUUUUUAGAGUCCGGGGGUUUCUCUCAGGAAGAUGUACUUCUUCAGAAGCCCAAGGCUGGGCUUCUGAAGCCUGCAUUCACAGUUAUUCGUGAUAAAAACUCAAAAUGCUUCCUUCUAUUAAUACGUGGUACACAUAGCAUCAAAGAUACACUAACUGCUGCUACUGGAGCAGUGGCCCCAUUCCACCAUUCGGUUUUGCAUGAUGGUGGAAUAAGCAACUUAGUCCUAGGAUAUGCCCACUGUGGGAUGGUUGCUGCAGCCCGUUGGAUUUCUAUGAUCAGUACUCCUUGCUUGCUCAAGGCUUUUGGUGAAUAUCCUGACUACAAAAUAAAGGUUAUUGGGCAUUCACUGGGUGGUGGUACAGCUGCAUUGUUAACAUAUAUUCUUCGAGAGCGGAAAGAGUUCUCUUCAAGCACUUGCAUUACAUUUGCCCCAGCUGCCUGUAUAACGUGGGAGUUGGCAGAAUCUGGCAAGCACUUCAUCACUACUAUCAUCAAUGGCUCUGACCUGGUGCCUACUUUCUCAGCAGCUUCUGUUGAUGAUCUCCGGUGUGAGGUCACAGCUUCAUCUUGGUUAAAUGAUUUGCGGGAUCAGGUUGAACGUACAAGAGUUUUGAAUGUUGUUUAUCGCUCUGCCUCUGCUCUGGGUUCUCGUCUACCAUCUAUAGCUAGUGCAAAAGCGAGGGUUGCUGGUGCUGGUGCACUGUUGCGGCCAGUAUCUAGCAGCACACAGGUUGUGAUGAAGCGUGCACAGAAUGUUGUUGUCAGAACUCAUUCAUCUAUAUCAUCAUGGUCUUGCAUGGGUGCACGUCGCCGGAAUGUGGGUCCAUUAUUGAAUUCUAAAGCAGAUGAUUUGCCUGAAGCUUCUGUCGUAUGUGAAAAGGAUUCUGAAUCUGAGACUGAAAGAGUGAUCAUAGAUCCAAUGCAGAAUAACUUGGAAUCUAGUUUUAGUGGCCGAUCCGGUCAUGAUGACACCGAUGAAGAGGAGCAGCUUUUGCCAGUGAAUGAAAAUACUACUACAUCUACUGUUGGAGACAUCACUGAAGGUGAGUUGUGGUAUGAACUGGAGAAGGAGCUUACGAGGCGGGAGAAUGACGUCAAUGUCGAGGCCCAGGAGGAAGAAGCUGCUGCAGUGAGAGAAAUAACCGAUGAAGAAAACAUGCUGGUUGAUGUUGCAGAAAGCAAUACGGCCAUCUCUUCAUUAGAUGUUUCAGAGAGCCACCGGUUCUACCCCCCUGGCAGAAUCAUGCACAUUAUUUCUGCCCCUUCGUCUGAUUCAAUUAAUUUAGAUCAUGAUGGACCUAUUGAAGAACAUGUGGGUAUAUACGAGACACCUAGAGAACUGUAUAGUAAGCUCCGACUUUCUAGGACGAUGAUUAAUGAUCACUACAUGCCUAUGUAUAAGAAAAUGAUGGAAUUGUUGAUCAGGGAACUGGAAAAUGAUGAAUCCAGUAGUUGUAUGAUGUGAAAAAAAAUUAAAUUAAUAGAAAAUAUAUUUAUGUUGCAUUGC